AUGGAUUACAUUUGUAGGUUCAGUAUGCUCGUACAAUUCAUUGUUUGUGGUAUCAUAACGCGAAUGUUUGCGAAUAUUAUUGCUUUUCGAGAACUAGUUCGUGGUACGAACCCAUUGCGUGCGAGUCGAUCGAACCCGGACAUCUCCGAGCACAACGUGCUAAUGCCCGCCUCACUGUCGAACAACAUCUCGCAGUACUAUCAGCCUGCACAAGCCAUCUGCCCUGAACACGUUCUGAAAGUGUAUCGAGCUGAUCAAUCGUUCAAGUAUUUAACUGUUUAUAAGGAGACAACUGCACAGAAUGUGGUACAGUUGGCAUUACAG